AUGUCGUCCUACCGGAAGCACAUGCCGCGCCCGGCCCGCCUCGUCUUCAGCGUCAUCCUCAUAUAUGCCUUCUUCUGGGUCAAGGGCUGGCCGCGCACUUACGACGACGAAGAGCUCCCGCCGAGCAAGCGCCCCCAGCAAGAGUCCAACCUCGGUCCGCACCAAGUCGACCACGACCAGCUCGUCGUCGCUGUCACCACGACCGCAAACGACGUCUACAACAAAGUCACGCCUCUCAUCCUCAAUACCAACGAACAAGACCACGGCACGCUCCUGCUGUUUUCAGACCUACAAACCCAGAUCGGAAGAUGGCCCGUCUUCGACGUCAUCUGGCGCUACAAAUCCGACUUCAUACAGAAGACGAAGCAGCUGGAGCGAUACCGCGCUCAGGUCGACUAUGCGCGGAGGAGCAUACCCCUGGCUAAGUUGAAGAAGGAGGACCCGGAGGAAGAGAAGAGGGAGAUGGAGAUCCUGGACAAGUACAAGAUACUGGAGACUAUGGCAUCUGCGUGGGAGUACAGGCCAGACCGCAGCUGGUAUGUCUUCGCCGGCGAUGAGACGUACGUCAACAGGCCAAACCUUCUCGAUUGGCUGAGUCAACACGACCCAGACGCGAAGCACUUCUUUGGCAACCCGCCUGCCCCAGCGACGGCGCGCGUCCCCGAUCCCUUCGCCGCCGGAGGCACGUCGUUCAUCCUCUCGCGAGGCGUAAUGCUGGAGCUGUUCAAGAAGCGCAAAGACUUUAUCCAGAACUGGCGGGAGCAGAUCGCGGACCACACGACAGCGUUUGAUCUCGUCGCCAGCGCGCUGCAGGCCGAGGUGAAAAUCACCUUUACCACAGUCUGGCCCAGCAUCUCUGGAUUCGACCCAAGCACAGUGCCUUUCUCGCCCGCCAUAUGGUGCGAACCUAUCCUGCUGAUGCACCACAUCACACCGGACAUCGGCAGUGAUCUGCUCAGAUUGGAGAAGGACCGACCCUCGGACCAGCCCACCCUGCGCUUUGCAGAUCUAUGGUACCGCUUCAUGGCCCCGGAAGACUUGAAUUACACACGCAAUGAUUGGGACAACCUAUCCUCCGAGUCUUCGAACAACCGGUGGAACAUCCUUUUCCAAGGCGGCGAGCAUCAGGACGCGGAUCGCGCUGGGAACGGAGAAGCAUCGCCAGAGGCAUGCCAAGAGUCCUGCGACAACAGCAAAUACUGCGUCCAGUGGUCCUACUCCUCGGUCAAUCAGAGGAAUUGGAACGAAAACCCGCCGACUAAGUGUCACCUGAGCAGCAGUAUACGCUUUGGAACACACAAGGAGCCACAAAAGUUAAACAUCGAUGGAGAAAGGGUCACACUCACCUGGAAAAGCGGGUGGAAGAAGGACAAGUUCAGUAAAUGGACCAAGCAGCAAAGGUGCAAGGAGCAACAGCAGUAG